AUGGGUGAUGCGCUGGAUGCGCCGGCGACGGAGGUGGAUGUGGGUGCUGCUGCUGAGGGUGCUGUUGCGGUGGAUGUUGAUGUUGAUGCUGCUGCUGCUGUCGGUGGUAGUCUUGAACGGGAGGAUAGGGCUCUGGCUCAUGAUGGCGACGAUCGGUGUCGUGAAGCGAUUGCGCAGGCGCAGCGUGAGAAGGCGUCGGCGGAGCUGAGGAAUGCUCGAUGGGUCGGGGAGGGUAAUGCUGAUACGGGCUCGGUGGAGGAUGAGGAGGAUGAUGUAGAGCGCCGGGCGGAGGCGGAGGCGGCGGUGGAAGUUGAUGAGCGUGAGGAUGUGGUAGUGAUACUCCUUGUUGAGGUGUGCCGACUGGCCACGAAGAGAGGCGUGGACGUUUACUAUCUGGAGGUGCUGGAUCCAUGCUUGAGUACUAUAUAUGUAUGGUAG